AUGUCAUAACAAUGCAUGAGUAAACAAACCAAAAACGCGUUGCUUGAAAAAUUCUGCUGGAAGUUUGCGAUUUUUUUACCAUUUUUCCUGGAAAUUACAAUAAAAUUAUCGUUUUUCAGUGCUUUACUUAUGGAAGGUGUGCUAAUUCACCGGAUCAAGGAGCGCUAACUUCAUACCGAUGGCGUCGAUCCAAGAGCGGCUGCAGCUCAAGCGUGUCCCCCUCGAUAAAUGGUCAACAAAGGAGAAAUUAUGCCUGGCAUCGGCUGUGGCCCACAGCGGGGACCAAAAUUGGAUGUCUGUAAGCCGAUCGCUCAAAGUGCUAUGCGGUGCCGAUCGGCCGGGAGAUUGGUUCUCGCAGAAAUCCUGCGCCGCACAGUACGGCAAGCUAUUGGAGAACGUUGAAACGCCAAAGCGAAAGAAGCGUACCGCUUCCGAGCGGGAUGGGGUGGCUGCAGUUGAAACCCCGGGAGAAUCCAUUUUGCGAAAGCUGACCCAGGAAAGGAUGAUCGAGUUGAAGAAGAUCAUACAGGAAGAAGCCCAGCAGUACACCAAAGUGAAGGAGGACAUAAUCCUGAUCCAGCGGGGAGUAACCGAUGAGAUGAAGCUCAGAGAAAUGUGGAAGCAGAUUCAGACGGAAAAAGCCCAGAAGGAAAAGGAACAGAUUCUGCACGCUCAAUGGUUAAAGGAACGGGAAGAGAAGAAACUGGAAAUGGAGCGUCAGUGGCGUCCGCUCUAUCCAGGAUCACCUAAAACUCCCGGUUCCGGUGUCAAAAUUAAAGAAGAAUUAGAUGAAGACAGUCAAAGCUCCACGAAAUCGGGCACUUCUCCGCUGUUGACUUCUUUGCUAAAAAGUCCCUCGGCAAAUCAAGCUCUUUCGACGCCAGGGAACAGCAAAUCAGCUGCAUCUCCUACAAUUACAAAUCUGCUAACAGGAAACUCCCCGGUGGCCAUAAACAUGUUGGCAAAAAAUUUGUUCCCAGCCACAGAAGGUGAAUCUAAACCAACUGUUGAGGUGGGCAGAAGUACUUCAGUACAGGAAGAAAGUCAAUUGACCGUUUCGGAAUCUAACGCCUAUCAAGUUGCUCCGAAUUUGACGAAGCUACUGGAUACAAAGCAAAAUGAUAAUCUCCCACCGAUUGCAUCCCUCACUCAAGAGCCGCAACAGGAAUCAAACAACACCGCAAGCCAAUCGGAAGACAUGGACACAGACGACAAUGUAGAUCCUGCCAAAGACCUCAUGGCCGUUUUCCAAGAGCUUAUGCCGGAGGAACUCGACGAAAUUCUCAACGAGAACAGUGGAAUGAUUCUGGAAGAUGAAAUUCUGGACAACGUAGUCGAUUCUAUUAUGGAAGAGGAGGAAGAAGAGGGGGGAUCUGUCAAAGGGAAAGAUUUAAAUGCCCUCGAGGCAGUGGCAAAUCUUGCUGGCAGUAGUCUGAAAGAUGGCGAAAAAGAUCGAGGAAAGGGGUCAAAAAACUUGGAAACAUCAGCUCCUGAAGUUGCGAAGGGAGCUUACUUAAAACCAGCAGCCGCGGCACCAUCCCCUCAGCGACACAACCCUUUCGAGGAGGAUGCCACUUCAGAAAAAGUGGAUGACGCAGUGUUGAAAAUGAAUGAAAAGUCUAGCGACGAUAAAGACGGCACUCAAGAACUCGAUUCUAAAGGACCCCAAUUAUUGUCGUCCAUCAAGGAUUCGACAGAAGAAGGAACAAAAUCAGCCAAUACAAAGGAACUGGAAAAUAUUCUUGCUUCUGAAGAAGAUAGCAGCAGCAGCUCUAAUCCUAUCAUUCCACCUAUUGACGAAAACAAAGAAUCAAUAGAAAAACAGGACGUGGUCGCUGGUCAGUCUGUAUCAGAGAUCGGCACCACUAUUAAAAUCGAACCUGAAGGAGUUUCCAGUGAAAAAGAGCUGGCAACGAAUGACCCUUCUUCAGUUGAUAUCAACCUAUCUGCCAUUAAAUCAGAGAUCAGCACCGAUAUCAAACGAGAAGAAGGAGUAAAGUCUGAAUCUAGCUUGGUCGAAAGUAGCGUAACCACUCAGAACGUAGACAACAAGUCACAUGCAGAACCAAAACCUCUAAGCAGUGAAGAAGAAGCUGCCCGGGCUAAGAAAGAAGCGCUAGAGAAACUAGCAGCGGAGUACGAUUUUAAAGACGACGAGGAACCGAUUGUUCCUCUGUCCAUUCAAAAAUUAAAAGAAGAAAAGCAUGUUCCCGAGGAGGACGUGUACAUGGAUGCACAAGAGCAACUCGACGAGGUGGAAAGCCCGAAAGAGCCUGAUCAGAAGAAGCACGAUGACACUGUAGUAACAGUCACCGAUACCGACGAUGAUUCAUUGAUUGAAAUGAAAAUUUCCAAAACUAAACGAGAUUAUUCGCGACGACGCACCGUGGAAGAUCUGUGCAAGCCCAAAGAAGACCCCCUGGCGACCCCAAAAAACGACGAAAAUGAGGGAAGAUCAUUAAGAAAGCUGCGCGAUCGUGAGCGCUCGGAAAGUCCAUUCGUUUGUUUGGAUGACGAUCUGAAUGACAAAAUGAAACGGAGUUAUUCAUCAACUCCUGUGAUGGAUUCGAUUCCCAGCUCACCGGCAUCAAGCGAAGAUCGAGAAUAUCGCGCAUGGAAAAAGGCCAUUCUUUCCAUCCUGGCAAAAGUAACACCCCUUCGCCAAGCAGCAACGUUCCUGAAGCCAUUACCUGACGAUCAAGUGCCCGAUAUCAUUUAUCGCCCGAUGGACCUUUCGACCAUCAAGAAAAACGUCGAAAAUGGAAUCAUCAGAACGAGUUCCGAGUUUCAACGUGAUGUCAUGCUGAUCCACGCAAACGCUAUGAUCCUGAACAGACCGGACCUCUGCUGUUCAAAAGCUGCCAAUUACCUGGUGACAGAAUGCAUUGCUCUGAUGGAGUCCAUGCCAGAAACCAGCAGAAAUCAUCGUGAAAAGGAACCGGAAGGGCGUGGCAGUAGCGCCAGUAAGCGCACUUCAAGGAAAGGUACGACCAGAAGCUCAUCUUCCGGUGCACGCAAUUAACUGCUCGCAUCCAAUCUUGCUUGAUGUUCGGUAAGUGAAUACCUAAUAAAAUGUGAGUAAUAAUCACA